AUGUCGGGCAGUGGACGGAAAAGCGCGUACCGCAAGGGCGUGACCAAGCGCGUGCUAUAUGGCGACCCAGAACCCAAGGAGAACGAGCUCAUCGUGCGCGUCACUGCUCUGCGUGGCAGCAACCUGUUCGAGGUGGUGGAUGCCAAUGGCGUAAAAUCUGUGACGAUGUUGCCCACCAAGUUCCGCAAGCUCAUUUGGGUAAAGCGAGGAGACUUUUUGAUUGUCGGCGAGGGCGACGGUGGAGAAGCCACGACUGCCACGGGCAAGAAAGGUGCCGUGACGUCCAUUGUGGAGCACAUUUUGUACAAAGAGCAGAUCAAAAACCUUAAGCGCAAGGAACUCUGGCCUGCAGCUUUUGACGACUCGCCCACUGGGCCGGCGUGGACUCAGGGAGACACCGUGAACAAAGAUGAAGAGCAGAGCGACGAGGAAGGUGACGAUGCGGGCGGGGAAGAGGCUCAAACGCCUACUGCCUCAUCGUCGAAUGGAUUGACGAUGGUUGAGGACCGUUUUGCUAUGAUGCAUGUGAACCGGAAUCGCCGUAAGGGACACUUCGAUGACGAGGAGGAGGAGGACAGCGAUGAUGAACGAGUAAUUGCGGACGAAAGAGAAAGCUCGAGUAUCAUGCAGCGCAAGCGUAGCAGCGCGUACAAUGCUGGCCCUGCCGUAUCGCAUUAUCGUCCGUUGUUUUCCGGGAAUAAUACUGAUCAAGAAAAUGGUAAUUCUCACAAUGGCAUAUUCGGCAAACAUGCCGACAAGAACUCGUUCUCGGACCUCCGAGUUGAAAUUGACCGUGAGCUAGCAUCGAAGUUUGGGACCCAUCCAGGGUACCUUCGCAGUAAAUCGUCGAUCAUGAACUACAAGACAAGAACGGAAGAUACCGCAAAACGAUCCUUUGGUGUCACCAAGACGGCUACUAAAGCUAAGCCUGUAGCAUCGAAUACACACGAAUCCGCGCUACUAGCACCGCCAAAUACUCGCCAGAUGCUGAGGAGAUCCUCGUCAGCAUCAGCAGUCCGGAAGAAGCUUUUUCACGCCGUGGAGCAGGGAUCCAACAACGGAUAUCAGCACCAAAACCACAAGUUGCAGGCUCAGAUUGAUGCGCUUCGAAAGAUGGCGUCCGCCUCAUUCUCCAAGACUCAUACAAAAGAAGCCAAGGGAUAUUACACUUCCAACAUAGAUACAUCGUCGGCAUGCCACGGCAUCGUGAGUCUUGCCCGAAAAAAUUCAGGAGUAUUGGCACCAGCGAACAAGUUGCAAAACCAGGAAGAAUGCGUCUCUGGAGUGGGUAUCGGUCCUAAUCGAUCAGCCAGUGCCUCCAUUCUGAUGUCCAACCCUGCCCAAACAACAACCAUUUCCAACGUACCACAUCCAGCGCCACCAGUUCUCGUGGGUGGAUACAGAUCUUCCUCUGUGCAACUCGAAGUGGAACUUGUGGAACGAUUAAAUGAAAUAGGACGCUCUAACUUACCGGAGAAAACCCUGUCACGGACGCGAGCGUGCCAAAACGUACUCGACAGCAUCGUUCUGCAAGACGAGCAUUACGGUCGUCUUUUAUCACGCAUUCGAGACGAGUUUAGCACUUACGUUGACAUGACGAGCAGAAAGAGUCCCAUCAAAUCAAGCAACAGCAAAGGAGCGAAAGCCUGGUGUACAUGUGGGCAGGACAUUUUUGAGUUUGCGCUCAUUAAACAGGAAAAUACAGUGAUGAAAAAGCGAGUGAGCAGCAUGCAGCACGAAAUUGAAAGUUUGCAAGCUGCUCUAAGACAAGCAAAGGCACGGAAUUCCAGUAGUCAUAGCAAUCAAAGCAGUGUCCGUGACACGUGGAGCACUGAGUGCUGGCCGGAGGAUGAUCAGCAACAAGAAGACGAUCUGGAUGAUGUCCAGCUUAUCACCGCCGAAGAUACGAGUCAACCACACUUCCGACCUCAAGACGUUCCGAUGCUAAGUUUUGCAACUCUCCCUUCGUACAGUGACGAGGAAGAAGAUGAAGAAGGGUAUAGUCAAUAAACACCAGGCCACAAGUACUUCAGUGUCCAUUGAAGGAGAUGUUUCAAGUUGUCGG